GCGGAGGCGCGGCGCGAGCGCGGAGCCCGGCGGCCGGCCGGCGAGGGGAGUUCCCGCAGCCCGCCCCUGCGCCCGCCCCUCGCCGCCCGCGGCUCCUCCUCGCUUCGCCAUGGUGGAGCGGGGAGACGCGGCGCCGCUGCUGCGCUGGGCCGAGGGCCCCGCCGUCUCCCCGCCGCAGGCCCCGGAGCUGCAGGCUGGAGGCCGGGGCUGGGGCAGCGGCGGGGGCGGCCGGCCGGCCGCAGAGCCGCCGAGGCGGCGGGAGCGCGAGGAGCUGGGUCCCUCCGAGGUGCUGCUGCAGCCCGGGCGCCUAGAGCUGGGCGACGUGGAGGAGGACCAGGUGGUGGCCGUGUUCGUGGUCACCUUCGAUCCCCGCUCGGGGAACAUGGUGGAAUGGUGCUUACCUCAAGAUAUUGACCUUGAAGGCGUCGAGUUCAAGUCCAUGGCCAGUGGGUCCCAUAAAAUUCAGUCUGAUUUCAUCUAUUUCCGAAAGGGGCCCUUCUUUGGCCUGGCCUGCUUCGCCAACAUGCCUGUGGAAAGCGAGCUGGAGCGUGGUGCACGUAUGAAGUCUGUGGGCAUCCUCUCACCAUCCUACACCCUGCUUUACCGGUACAUGCACUUCUUGGAGAACCAAGUUCGACACCAGCUGGAGACGCCGGGACAUUACUCUCAUCUGGCUGCAUUCUAUGAGGACAAGAAAGGGGUGCUCCAUGCUGGUCCCGGGAGAGGCGGCAGCCUGCCCCCUGUCUACUGGCUGCCUUCCAUCCACCGGUACAUGUACCCUGAGAUGAAGAUCACGCACCCGGCUGGCUGCAUGUCUCAGUUUAUUAAGUUCUUUGGAGAACAGAUCCUCAUCCUUUGGAAAUUUGCCUUACUUCGAAAGCGCAUUUUGAUAUUUUCUCCGCCUCCUGUGGGCGUUGUAUGCUAUCGAGUGUACUGCUGCUGCUGCCUGGCCAACGUCUCCCUGCCUGGCAUCGGGGGCACCAUUCCUGAGUCCAAGCCUUUCUUCUAUGUGAACGUGGCUGACAUCGAGAGCCUGGAGGUAGAGGUGUCCUAUGUGGCCUGCACCACAGAGAAGAUUUUCGAGGAGAAGCGGGAACUGUAUGACGUGUACGUGGAUAACCAGAAUGUGAAGACGCACCACGACCACCUGCAGCCCCUGCUGAAGAUCAACAGUGCUGACCGGGAGAAGUACCGGCGGCUCAACGAGCAGAGGCAGAUGCUGCUGUAUUCCCAGGAAGUGGAAGAAGACUACAACCCUUGUGAAGAGGACCUCUUUGUGCUGUUUUUCCUAGAACAAAACAACCGGAUAUUUCAGACUUUGCUGGAGGUGUCCGCCAGUCAAGACAGAACUCUGACCGCCGAGCACGCCCGGGGCAUGGGUCUAGACCCCCAAGGAGACCGGAGCUUUCUCAUGGACCUGCUGGAGGCCUAUGGCAUCGAUGUCAUGUUGGUCAUUGACAACCCCUGUUGCCCAUAGGAAGAGUGAGCAAGGACUGGUGAGCCGCCUCACGUGGGGAGUUCACCCCAGGCCCCAGACGGCCUCCUUUUUUAUUAAGUUGACACACAGGAAUAUUGUUUAUACUUUCCGACAACUGUAAUUUUUGCAAUCUCCUCUUUUCCCUUCCUCCCUGGAGGUAAGAUGAGGUCACCUUGGUUCUGUGUCCUGCUUUGCUAGGAUGUUGGAAGCCACCACUUUCUCCAAGAGCUGCUUCCUGGUUUGGUCUUAGGAGUUUUCAAAGUAGAUUCUCUCAUCUCCUUGCUGACUGACUUGAGGGGAUGUGGCAACGACCAUACAUCACUAGGAGUGGGACGAGCUCUGGAGACCCUGGGGUGAACUGUUCAGAAGGUCUGUAUGGUCUGUGUCCCUUGCUGUACUCAAGAAUGAGAAGUCUGUCUGUCUGGUGUGGCCUUGGAUGCUCAUCCGCCUGAAGGCGGAAGCUAAACCAGAUGACUUUCAAGGUUUUUAUCAGUUCUGGGAGUCCAGUCUUGGGAUCAAAUCCCUUUUCCUGUUUAUUCGGGCAAAUCUAUGUCUUCUCUGUUCACGAGUAGAGACCUCAGAGGGAAAAAGGAUGUUUCUGACACCAAGUAGGAGCUUCUCUAAGGACAGGAUGACAGGGAAAAGUUGCUUAUCAGUCAGCUGAAAACUAGAAUUCUAGAAUGAGGCCUUGAAGCUUUCCUCAAAGUAAGUUAAUGGUGGCCAGUCGACUUAGUAUUCCUCUUUCUCUGAAUCUCCGCCUCUUGGGAUAGGUUGGAGAAUUCCUAACGGCCAGUGGUGGCCCUGGAGCUUGCAAGCAAAUUCCUUUACAACUUAGUCUCCUUUAAGGGCUAACCAUCCUCUGGGUAUUUUUAAAGAGAGGCAUCUGUUGCCACAAAAGGCAGAGUGGUUGAGGUUCUAGCAGGAUAGAGACGAAGAUGUUUCUUUAUCCAGCAGAGUUCUCUGGAGGCGUUGCUAGCAGAGCCUCUGGAUCAAAACAAAGAUUUGUGCAUGCCGUGACCUAGCAAGGAUCUGAGCUGGUUCACCCGGGGGUUGGAGCAUGUUAACAAGACUAUGCCAGUUUUGAGCCCUCACAGACUUUUCCUUAGCAAAGAUGACAUUCCUUGAGCUCAGUAAUUGGAGCCAGACACAUAAAAGAUUUGUUGGAGAGCAAAUUUGAUAGUGCCUUCACUCAGGAAAGUAGUCAGGAAGCCCUGGGUGUCAGUGAUGAGUUUGUCUGCUUCCCUCUGGAAUGUUCUGGUCUGGGACAGCUCCUGUCUCUCCCUGUCUCUUCUCUUUGGCUGGGUUUUGGGUGGAUGCCACUUCAGUGAGACAGCAAUUAUUUGUUAACCAUAGGAAGCCAACUCCUGUGAAUAGAGUUAAGCUCUUUUGGGCCAUAAUUUAGGAUUUUGACUUGGGAUACUGGGUUAUUGGUGACAAAUAAUUUGUUCCCCUUCACUCUGCCUGCCCAGCUCUGUUAUCGGAAUAGCCAUCAAUGUAUCCAGGUCUUCGACCGGGUUCCAGCCAGGCUAACGUACACAGAAGGGAGAAAGAACUUUCAAAUGGAUGGGUCACAUGUCUUAAGACUAGGUUUUUAGAGCUUAUUCCUUUAUUCAAAAAUAUUUUCACUGUAGCUCCUUGAUAGGGAAUUCAGGACUAAAGAAAUUCAUGUCUAGAAAUGUGAACAGACUGAUUAAUCAAGGCAGCGUCUUUUAUGUAAAUACAUAAGUAAGUUUGGGCAUUAAAAUGUAAACCAUACAACUAAUACAUUUUUCUCCUCUGCAGUGUGGGUUUAGCCAUCAUUUCAAUAAUAUAUAUGUUUACAAAAGAAAAAAAUCUGUUUUGAAGCUGACGCUUCCCCACCAUUUUUCUUGAAGAGUAACCGUCUCUUGCUCCUGGAGAAGGAGCGGCCUUUCUAACUUGGGUCAAGUAAGGGUACUUUUAGUGCCCGUAGGUUCAAGGUUUUCUAAGUUGGGGGUUAGGUGGUCAGAGGCAGGGGAAGGGGUGAAAGGGAAGGUCAGAUUCUCUUGGAGGACACAGGCAGACCCUCUUUCUGUGGAACUGGGGAAUUUGUUGGAAGAAUGCUCUUUUUAUGCACUUUUGUUUAUUCACAGUCUUUCUGCAUGCGACCGCUUCUGUUCUGUGGUCUAACUGCUAGCUCAGAAGUGCUGAUGUAAAGGUAGUGGGGUGAAAAUGAGGUUCCUGUGUUUCCCUUUGAAUGGUGGCUCAGGGGUCCUGGGUUUUUUACUCCAUCCUGUUGUAGGCAGCUGUCUGGCGUCUUGGUGCGUUCCCUGACACACUGCAGAGGGCUGGGGUGUGGGUGCCCCAGAAGGGAAUGUACCUGUGAGGCAGUGCCAUGUCCUAGGUCAUCUGGAGCCUGGGCUCAGCUGACCCCAAAGCAGAACUUCUCCCGCCUCCCUGUAUUCCUUUUAAGAGGGAACCCAAGGACUCAGUCCUUCCCUACAUUGCCAGCUUCCUCGUGGGACCAGCACUCUCGUGCAGCGCCGCCUCUGCUUGGCCUAACAGCAUGCUCGCUGGCUCUGUAGUUACCGUUGUUGCUGUUUAUCGUCCCUCAAGUAUUUCUUGCUUGGAUUGUGAUAUGGAGCCUCUUGCUUCCGAGGUCACCUUUCGAAGAUCUGCUUUGUAUCCGACUCUGCUCCUGCCCCCUACCUUCUCCUCAAUAUCUCAAGUGAGCAGCACGGCCAGUGUCGUUUGCUGUCACUUCUCUGAAAGGGGAAUUUGUUUGUGAAGUAGCAGGCAGGAAUCCCUGCACAGUGACAGCUGAAGCUAGAAGCCACAAGGACCUGCUUUUCUGUCCGUGCUGAAAUGUUUUCUGAGAAACCAUCUGCUUUUGUUUGGAAGACAUUGGUGAAUGUCCCUAUUCCCUGUCUUCUAGGUCGGUAAGCUCUGCGUUACCAGUGACAUUAUUAGCACUGACCUUUCAGAGCAGGGUUGGAAACCUUGACUGAGGUGGCCUUCUGCUCCUCUCUCGUGGGACCUCAUCCCCUCCUGCCUCAGCUGGCUUGCUCCUUCUGGGGCACUUUCACCUGAUCUAGUGCCAUGCUGUGAGCCAUGUGCUGAUCAGUGGUUCCUGGGAUCCUUGAGGCUGCCCUGUCAUCCUUGAAUCAGGAGAACUUCCAGAUGGCAAGAUUCCUUGUGGGUCCUGGAGUCUAGGCUUGGGCUUUGUUGAUGUUCAGUAAUAUAUGACAAUGGCCUGUUAAAGUGGACUUCUUUCAAUUUUGCAGGCUUGGCAGAUGGUAAUAUUCAGCCUUGGGGACAAUGUGCAGUUGUGCUCUGGCUUAGGACACUUUCUUCAGAAGGAGUCAGAUAGGUAGGGCUUAUUUUCUACCAGACCAAAAAGUAUGGGCCAAAUAAUUUGUUAAGAAUUAGCUUUGGCUUCAGUCAAGCCUGAAGGCCUUCUCGGGCCUGGUGUAGACCCAUCCAAUGUAAGUGUCCACCUGGGUCCCUGGACAGUCCUCAGUCAAUCACUGCAGUGAAUUAGAAGGCAUUUGCCUCCCUCUCCAUCAUCCGUUGUGACAUCUCUUCUUCCAUUUGGCUGGGGAGGGGAAGCUGAACUCAUUGAUAUAUUGAUAGAAAUAAUUCAGCAUAGGAAUUUGCAUCUGUAACUUACCUUGUUUUGUUCCAUGUGAAAAUCAAGGUGGGAAAUAUAAGUGUAGCACAGAGUGCGGAUAAUUCUAAAUACCACGUGUGAAGACUCAUUUAUCAGUGUAACUACCUAUGAUAUGUUAGCUGGAAGAUAAAGGUAAAGAUAAAUUAAAUCCUAGCUGAAUCACUGUUUUUCAUUCUGGUGGCUCUGAGGAUGAACUUGGUAUUUAUCUUGAUACACUGAAAGCCCUUCAAACACCAUAAAAAGAUGAGAUUAUUCACCUUUAAACUGAGGCCCUUAUGUAAAGGGCAAUCAUGAAUUAACCUUUUAAUGAUAGUACAGCAACCGUUUUUGUUUUUUUUUUUUUAAUGAAACUGCGUAGUCCACGGAAUGGAUUGAGAUGCUUUUUCCAGCCCCAGUGCGGAUCACACUUGCACAGGGAAACGGGUAGGGGAGGGUGGUGCUGAAUAAAAUGAUAAGACAAAGUUCAGCGUGACAGGGAACUUUGUGACGACAGUUCUAAACGGGCAAAAAAGUUAAUAUGGGGAGCAAGAUGUCAUACAUGGGCCUUAUCUCCCUGUUAGGUUCCUGGCUAGUGAGCUCAGCAUCCGUGAACAGUCCGCCCUCACACCUUCCCCCUGCCCUUCUCAGUUCUGCCCUGUGCCCUGCGGUGAGGACCCUGCACACCAGUGGCCGACCUUGGCAGGCCCAGUCCUGGCUGGCCCUACUCAUUUCAGGAAAACUCUGUUCUCAUUCAGGUGGGGGAAGAGAAGGAGUGGAGGCCUCCUGUUACUCCCAAGUCAUGGAUUUUUAAUAUUCCAUUUUUGUUACUAAUAUACCUCUGUUUCCAGGAGCUAUUGGAGCGCUGAGUAUUGUGGGAAAAGGCUAACUGUGAAAUAAGUUAAUGUUUUUCUUAUAAGAAAUGGAAGUUUAUUUUUAUAUCGAUAUUACUGUGUGUUGAAUUGAGUAUGCAGAUGUUGAAAAGAAAGGAGAUUUCAAAACUAUAAUCCUAGAAGAAAUGGGCAGUUUUGGAAUUUGGAAGCAACUGAGACCCCAUGAAAGUUUUAUUAUUUAAAUGCUUUGGAGAGUGAAUAAGGAGACUGUGCUGUGAAAUCCUAGCAGCGAUGUUAGGAGAUAAAGUUUGACAGUCCUAGGGAGGACAAUAGACAGUCACCAACUUUAAAUAAAACUCUUGGCCAAAGGGGGUAAAUGUGAGAAUGCUGAUUAUGAGGCCUUUUAACUGGUGGAGUGGGAGGCUGUUUUAUAACUAGCACUUUAACUCAUUUUUGGAGCUGGAAUACAGGGGCAGUUGGAUGAAACUGCACAUUUAGAAAGGAAAUAAGAAUUUUCUAGUGCUAUAUAGAAAAAUGAUGGAGAACUAAAGCCCUGCUUUCAUCUUUUUAGAGUUUAUUCUAGAAGCUCAGUAUAGCAGGGCUUUUAGAGGUAAUAGGGUCUAAACUCAGAAAAUUUAUUUAAUUACUAGAGGAGAAGGGUAAGUGUGAAUUCCUUGCUGGGGGCAAAAUGCGUCUUUAGAGUAAUGAUACAUUUUCUCUGCUGUCUGAGGACGGCUGAGGAGGGCGGGGGUGGGCUGGGGGCUUAGAAAAUAGCCAGGGAUGAGCCACAAAAUGAGAAAUCCACACCGAGGUCACUGAGUUAGCUGAUUGCUAAUAUAUUUGACAUUAGAGUGAAAACUUCCUUUGGCCAAAGUAAACAAAGAUAAAAGUAUAAAAAAUUUUGAAGCUGGCAUCAGGAAAAGAGUUUCAGUCCAGUGUGCCCACGAAGACCGAAAGUGCUGCAGGUGGAGGUUCUGGGCUUUUGAACAGACCAGGUGGGACACGUUAGGGGUGUAGAGUAGAGGAAAACAAAAUUAACCUCCUUAUUUACACCACACCUGUUGGCUAAAUUUUUCAUAGGUUUAGGAAAUAAAAUUUUUUGAAAAAGAAAUAGUUGUAGCCUUGGAAAAACGGUUUUCCUGUUCUUUCCAAGUUCAGAUCAGCAUAGUCUGCCCGUCGCCUUCUAUGUCAAACUCCCAUUUCAUUAACACCCAGCAUAGGAGCUAUAGCAAUAAGAGACACUGAGUCUAUUUUUGUUUCACGUCUUUACUGCCUAGUAUGAAAUUAGUAAGAUAGCUGAUAAAUUUUACCCUGAAUGCUAUACAUACAGGUAUGUGGUUCUCUCUCUCUUUUCAGUGGUGAUCAUUUUAAAGGCCUAAAGAAAGCUGGGGUUAAUCCUGAAGCUAAGAGUAAAUGUUUCUUGAAUUGAUUUUGUUCUGUGGUACAAAUAACAUCUGUGUAUAUCAUAUCUGUAUAUAUCUGAACCAAGUUGUGUGCAGAGAGGUUGAUAUAACUAUAUUUACAGAAAACAAUUUUUACAAUUAAAAUUCACAUUUUAACGUGAA